AUGUGUAUGACGAAGGGUGGCACCCCUCAGGGAGGAGUGCUAUCACCAGUUAUCUACAGGCUGUUCCAUGCUCUGGUCAUGGACAUCCCUGGUCGGGCGGUUGCGCAGGAUGUGCUGGUGAAGACUAUUUCUUAUGCCGAUGAUAUGAUCAUAUUGAUAGGUGUUGAUAGUCAAGAGAAGCUCGAAGAAGCCACAAAGGAUAUUGAGGCCUUAGAGCGUGAACUCCCCACCUUUGGCCUAGCUAUGGCGAGGGAGAAGAGUGCUAUCUUAUCAAACGACCUUCAGGAUGAGUGUCUUGGCAUUGUGGUUAAGAGGUCUAUCCCCUUUCUGGGGAUGCGUAUUGACUUGAGUGGCAGAUGGGCCCCACAUGUAGUCUACAUGAUGUAG